CGCCUUUUCGACUUCCUCACCGCCGUCAGGAGCCAUAUCAUCGACAGAUCGCCUUUAAUCGACCACAGACUGACUGCAGACAAUGUCCUCGGCUCUGGAACCGCCGACGACUGCAAAAGUCAUUCUGCACACCACAAAAGGUCCGGUUGAGGUCGAGCUCUGGGCGAAAGAAACACCCAAAGCCUGCCGCAACUUCCUCCAGCUCUGCCUCGACGGUACAUUCGACAACACAAUCUUCCACCGCGUCGUCCCCGGCUUUCUCGUCCAGGGCGGUGAUCCAACAGGGACAGGACAUGGAGGUACCAGCAUAUACGACGACGAAGGCGGGUUCGAGACCGAGGCGCACUCGCGGCUGAGGUUCAAUCGACGCGGACUGCUGGGGAACGCGGACGCGGAGAAGAUGAACGACAACUCACAGUUCUUCAUCACGCUUGCUGCGACGCCAGAGUUACAGGGAAAGCAUACAAUGUUUGGCAGGAUUAUGGGCGAUACAAUCUUUAACGUGCUCAAGAUCGGCGAAGCUGAGCUGGAUAACAACGAUCGUCCUCUGUAUCCGACCAAGAUCACAAAAGUCGAGAUCGUGGUCAAUUAUUUUGACGACAUGAAACCCCGCCGAUCCGAGUCGACUGCGGCAUCGAAGUCGUCCUCGGACAAGAAGAAAAAGAAGGCAAAGCCAAAGGUCAAAAUGUCGUUUGCGGACGACGAGGUUGACGAGGACGACGGCGACGGCGGGGAUGCGAAGCGGUUUAAAAUGAAACCUGCACAUGAGAUUUUGAAUGAUUCAAGACUUUCGAACCAACCUGCUGUUGGCGCCGACGAUAUAACACCGCCACCGCAGGUUGAACCUCUACGGAUUAGAAAGAAGAAAUCAUCAUCAUCUUCGUCUACAGAGAAACCGAAAGCAAGCAACACAAGCGAGAAGACUGAAACCCCACCACAACGAUCAUCAAAAUCCACAGCACCACAAGCCAUAGACGACGGCACGCAAUCCCUGAAUCAAUCAUUUGACCAGGUGUCGAAUCAGAAAUCAGAGUUUGACCGGAUCAACGAGGAGAUUAUCGCCAUGAAGUCCUCACUCAAGCGGAAAGCUGCCGCCGACGACGAAAGUCACGAGGCAAAGAAGAAGGCGUCGUCGUCGUCGUCGUCGCUACUGGAAGAAGAAAGACAGAAGUAUUUACAAAAGCAGAGUGCGCCGACGUCAUCAAAAAAGUCAAAGAAGAAACAGCUAGAAGAGCGCGAGGCGGCCACUCUUGCCAUGCUCAGCAAAUUCACUACGAAGCUCCACACCGCAUCCUCAUCUAACCCAGCACCACCUGCUUUACCCAGAAAAUCUUCAAAAAGGAAGAUCACCGAGCCAAAAUCAGAACGAGGACAAGAGAAAGGAGAAGAGGAGGAACGAUGCGACCUGCACAAUCUGGUCAACUGCCAGUCGUGCCUGUAUUACGAUCAAUUAAGCGGCGACGAGGACGACGACCCAGAGUCUCUCAUGACACAUACGUUCGAGGACACAAAGAGUGUAAGGGUGGCGGCUGACUAUCGAGCACGAAUGUCGCCGCCACCGGUUCCGCCGACGAACGAGAGAAGACAUAGGACGAGGCGAUGAGGGAUAAGUGU